AUGCAGAAAGACCUUGCAGACUUCUUUUCGGCCAUAGGGGCUGAUCCUUCGAAAGCACUCGUGGAAGGAGCAGGAUCCUCAGGGUCAAAGAAGCGGUCUUCGCUUGCCACUCAUGAACAUGGUGUUGUAAUACUAGAAGAGAUGCAACAGGAGCAUUUCUCUUCCUCUAAAGAUGCACCAGCAGAAGGAGAAGGAUCAACUUCCAAGAGAAGGAAAGGAGCUGACAAAGCAGACGGAGAUGAUGGUAGCUUAAGCCCCUCGGCUUCUAGUAGAAGGUCGUCUUCUGAUUCUGACUCCUCGGGUCGUGCCUCUGAUUCUGAAAACGCAGAGCGGGAUCGUUUAGUCAGGACACGCGAGAGGCUGAAUCGUGAACAAGAAAAACUGGAUUACGACUGGGAUGAACUGAGGGAAGAUGAACGGGCCUUUGCAGAACGACUCAAAGCGAAACGAGGUGGAUCAAGAUUUGUCACCUACAAGGAGAAAAUAACAAAUGAGAAGAGCGAUAAGAAUAAGACAACUUCGUCAUCUUCUGCUUCACCAGGAAAGAAUAGUGGAAAAACUACAGGUGGAGGUAGCAUUUUCAGGAAAGAACCAGAGCUGAUAUGUCCUCCUGUGCCAGGUACUCAACUUCCUGUGCCAGGUCAAACUCAAGUUUCGACUUCCACAACAUCCCGGCCACCCCAAGCAGCAUCUUCGGGUCCUCCACCUGUUGUUGCAGCAGCGCCAGCUUCCAGUACUGGAGCAAGCGCCUCUCGAUUUGCCAACAAGGUCCCACCACCAACGAUCAAGAAAACGGAAGAACGAAAGGCUUAUGCCGCAGCUUACGAAGAGUAUAUGAAAAAAAAUGCGACUAAGCUUGGGGUCGACAAAGUAGCAAGCGCAUCGUCAGUACAAAAGCCCGCUCUUGCCUCACCCUCCGGCGGAUCCCUUUAUAACAAUUUUGUAGCCCCAAAAACUACACCUAGUACCACUGCAGCAAC